AUGUCACGCAAUCAGUUCCGUGAAAUAAUGCGGUAUCUCAUAUUCGAUGUCCGAAGCACCAGAGCUGAUCGUCUCUCCACUAACAAAUUUGCUCUCGCUUCUGUAACCUGGUACAAGCUAAUGGAAAACUGUUAUUUAUGCUAUAAUCCUGGACCAGAAAUAACCAUUGAUGAACAAUUGUUGCCUUGUAAAUCAAGAUGUAGAUUUAUUCAGUAUAUGGCGAAUAAACCGGACAAGUUUGGCGUCAAAUUCUGGCUAGCAACUGAUGUAAAAUCCAAGUAUGUUUUGAAUGGUUAUCCUUAUCUGGGCAAGGAUAAAGAACGACCAACUAAUUUACAACUUGGGCAAAGUGUAGUUCUGAAAUUACUGCAACCACAUCUAAACUCCGGACUCAAUAUCACAACUGACAUUUUUUUUUUACUUCCUGUGAAACUUGCAGAUGAACUUUCUGCGAAAAUAAACCACAAUUGUGGAGACGAUGCUUCUGAAUAA